UGACAGAACAGCCCUACUAGGUUAACACGAGCUGACUUGUUCUUCCUACUCUGCUGGAAAUGACCAUUAAAAAUCUUCAGAUUGAAUAUGAUGCCAUCAACAACAGGAACACUUUUUCAAAUGGAGAUGCCAUAAAUGGACGGAUCAUCCUUGAAGUCUCCAAAGAAACAAAAGUUCAGUCUCUGCUUUUUAUUGGGAAAGGAAAUGCAAGGGUGCGUUGGUCUGAGCAUUACGGACAGCAUACCCAUGUUUACUGGUCUGAUGAGAAGUACUACAGUGUUAAGCAACAUUUGAUAAGAGAAUCAAGACAAGAUGGCACUGAAGUCAUUGGGAAAGGAAGACAUGUUUUUCCUUUCAGCUUUAAGAUACCUGACAGGAAAAUGCCAUCAUCUUUUCACUCAUCUGUGGGUAGAAUUGUUCAUAAAUUAAAGGCGGAGCUACAUCAGUCCAUGAAGGUGACAAAAAAAGCUAAAACACACUUCACAUUUAUUUCCAAAGCCGACAUGGAUACACCAGGGCUUAUGGUUUCCCAACAUGAGAGCAAGGAAAAAAGCCUUGCUUUUGGUUCUGGAAAUGUUUCGAUGGAUAUCUUUGCACAAAAGAUGGGAUACAAACUUGGUGAGACUCUGUCGGUCUCCAUCAAAAUCAAUAAUGCCUCAAGUCGCUCAGUCAAACCCAAACUCGAACUGUAUGAGAAGAAGAGCUUCUUCGCUAUGGGCAGAAGAAAAGUUCAAACAAACACUAUACUAAGGCAGAAAGCUGAAGUUGUUGAAGCACAAUCCGGAAAGAAGGCUAUAACUAUGAUGAUCACCAUCCCAACAGAGCUUCCUCCAUCCAUUCUGAACUGUUCCAUCCUUAAACUGGAGUACAGACUGAAAGUGUACCUCAAUAUCAAAUGUGCUUCAGACCCAACGGUUAAACUCCCCAUUGUCAUUUUACCUGAAGAUAACAGCAGGGAGUUGAAUGAAAAACAGCCACUUCCUCCUGUUGGGUUUGGAUUUGAAGCAUUUGGAAACCCAAACCCACAAAGCAGGGGUGCCACAUCACAAGCGAUGAGUCUUCCGCCUCCCUAUGAAGCAUCUGCCAUGUACCCCCCCGUUCCCCACAAAUUCUAAAACUAAACCAUGACUACAAUAUAAUAUCGUCAUAUUUUUAGCUUGACAUGAUCACAAUAUGGUUGUAUCUGCCUUAUUUACUUUACAAUUUUUCUGGAUAUUUUCAUCUUUAUUAGCAGUUACCUUAAAGCAAUUGCUUCAAGCCACCAGGCUCCUUGCGUUUUGGGUGUUUAACAUUUUGAGCCAAACCAAAAUGGCCAAGUGUAUCACAUAGAUCUUAAGGGUUUUGAAUGCAAAUGGUGAAGUCUCCAAAAAUUAUUAAACAGUAAGAUUAUUGAAAAAGUUUGAUUGGGAUCUAGGAGGCCUGUAAAAAUGUAAGAACAUUUGAGCUGAGCUCCUUACCUUGACAGAAAACACUGAAAAGGGAAAUUUGUUAAUAGCCAAUAAAACUCUUAAAAUGGUUUCAAAGAAGUGAAAUAAAUUAAUUAGAAUGGUCCAGUUUUCCCAUUGAAUAGAUUUCAAAAUUUAUUGAAAACAUACGCAUAGAAAAUGCCCCCAAACUGUUCCAUAUCUAAAGAAUCACAAAAAAUAGAUGCAUAUAUCGGAUUUAAAAUCCAGCAGAUGUUCUGAAGUUGAUUUAUAUCUUUUACUGAUUAUUAAAUGAUGCCAGUAAAUGGUUGAAUGAUGAUUUCUAUUUUCAUGUAACCUUAUUACACAUCAUCUCUGUUGAUUUCUUUUAACAUGUUGUUUAGUGUUUUUUUUUUUUUUUACCAAACGUUAAUGUGAACUUGUCCAUGUCCAUAGCCCAAAGAAAAGCACUUACUGCAUAUGUUCUAUACUUAAUUGGGUGGGAAAGCAUAGAUGUCAGGUAUGAAUAUAUUUACAUAGUUACAGACACAUUUUCUCUAAUUAUUUUUCCCAGACCGAUGCUAAACCAGAAGAUGAAGCGUCUAGUUUUUAUUCUUCUCUCAUCUGAAACAAACUGAAAUAUUCAGAAACAUUUCCCAUCAUUAAAUUGAGAAGAGAAAAAAAAGGAAAUAUCAUUCUCCAAGUUUUUAUUUGUAAAAAUUUUAUA